AAUUUUGUAGCAUGUCAGCUGUUUGCACUUCUGGCUGCAUUUUGGUUUCGUAUUUACUUGAGUCCCAGUCAUGCCAGCUCCGCUGUUCGCCAUGCAUUUGCAACCCUCUUUGGAAUAUACUUUGCUGUCUUCUGCUUUGGGUGGUAUUCCAUUCAUCUUUUUGUCCUGGUGAUGAUGAACUAUGGCAUUAUGAAUAUGGCGAGUAUUCCCAACAUCCACAGGUACUCCUUUGUCGUAGCUAUGGGAUACCUCACGUUGUGCCACAUAAGCCGAAUAUACAUAUUUCAUUAUGGUAUUCUCACUACAGAUUUUUCCGGUCCGCUGAUGAUAAUUACACAGAAGAUCACAACACUUGCAUGCCAGUUACAUGAUGGAAUAGGGCGACAAGCUGAGGAACUCACUGCUGAGCAAAAUCGGCUUGCUGUAAAGUCAAGACCUUCUUUACUGGAGUAUUUAAGUUAUCUCCUCAAUUUUAUGAGCAUCAUAGCUGGGCCUUGCAGCAAUUACAAGGAUUAUAUCGCCUUCAUUGAAGGGAGGCAUGUGCACAUGAAACUGUUAGAAGUGAACUGGAAGCAGAAGGGUUAUGACAGGCUUCCUGAUCCUUCUCCAACUGGAGCAGUGAUGUACAAGCUUUUUAUCACACUAGUAUCUCUCAUUUUAUUCCUGACGCUUACCAAGAACUUUCCUAUGGCGUAUAUUAUUGAUAACGAAUUUCUUGAUAAAACGCCCUUCUUGUCAAGACUUGGUUACCUGUAUGUUGUAACACAGGCAGCAAAACCAAAGUAUUAUUUUGCAUGGACGUUGGCAGAUGCAGUCAACAAUGCAGCUGGUUAUGGAUUCAGUGGAGUUGAUGAGAGAGGCACUUUCCGCUGGGACCUGUUGUCCAAUUUGAAUAUCUGGAACAUUGAGACUGCAACAAGUUUUAAAAUGUACAUUGAAAACUGGAACAUUCAGACAGCUGCCUGGCUAAAACGUGUCUGCUAUGACAGAGCUCCCCGGUACCCUACGGCUUUAACAUUUAUCCUGUCGGCCCUGUGGCAUGGUAUCUAUCCUGGAUAUUAUUUUACGUUUCUCACUGGAAUCCUUAUCACACUUGCAGCCAGAGCAAUAAGAAACAAUUGCAGACAUUACUUCCUCUCAUCAGUGCCUCUUAAGAUAGCCUACGACAUUGUUACCUGGGUUGUCACUCAACUGGCUGUGUGCUAUACUGUUGCACCGUUUGUUAUGCUGGCUGUUGAGCCCACAAUUAAGUUUUACAAGUAA